CUGGCAAUCCUGCUCCUCCGUGAGAGGGUCCUGCGGUAUUGUGCCCCUAAAUGCUCCAUGAGUCCCGCGGUAGCCAGAUGCCAUCUCAGACUCCUGGUAGUCAACCAGAAUCCAGCUCCCAUCCUGCCUUAAGCCAGUCACCGAUGCCACAGGAUAGAGGUUUUAUGGCAAGCAUACAGAGAAACCCUCAAUUAUCUCAGUAUACAUCUCAGCAAACUGGACCUUCCAUGUCACCACAUCCUUCCCCUGGAGGCCAAAUGCAUUCUGGAAUUGGUAGCUUUCCUCAGAGUAAUUCAAGUGGUACUUAUGGAACUCAGAUAAGCCAAUAUGGGCCACAAGGAAACUACUCCAGGCAGCCAACGUACUCUGGUGUGACCAACACAAGUUACAGUGGCCCAGGACCUGGUAUGGGUAUAAAUGCCAACAACCAGAUGCAUGGACAGGGGCCAGGCCAGCCUUGUGGUACCAUGCCCCUGGGAAGAAUACCGUCAGCUGGGAUACAGAGCAGACCGUUUCCUGGAAACAUGAGCAGUAUGACCCCCAGUUCUCCAGGCAUAUCUCAGCAGGGAGGCCCAGGGAUGGGACCACCCAUGCCAACUGUGAACCGUAAGGCACAGGAGGCAGCUGCAGCGGUGAUGCAGGCUGCUGCAAACUCCGCCCAGAGCAGGCCACCAUACAUUAGGUCGCCUGCUUAUCCCAGCCAGUCUGGGGCUGGCGGACGCCCCAUGUUUUCUUCACAGCACCCCAACUAUGGCAGCACUCAGGCUCCCAUGAUGCACCAGCCUGACCAGUACGGGCAAGGCAGCUUUCCUGUCAUGAAUCAAAGUGGCAUCAUGGGAUCCAGCUCUCCCUACAGCCAGCCAAUGAACAACAACUCCAGCCUGAUGAACCCUCAAGCUCCUCCUUACAGCAUGGCACCAAACAUGGUGAACAGUUCCACAGCACCUAUGGGUCUUGCAGAUAUGAUGACUCCGGUCGAGUCCAAGCUACCCAUCACUCUCAAACCAGAUGGAAAAGAAGAAGGUCCUCCUCAGCCCGAGAGCAAAAAGGAUAGCUACAGCUCUCAGGGUAUUUCUCAGCCCCCAACCCCAGGCAACCUGCCAGUCCCUUCCCCAAUGUCCCCAAGUUCUGCUAGCAUCUCCUCAUUUCAUGGAGAUGAAAGUGAUAGCAUUGGCAGCCCAGGCUGGCCAAAGACUCCAUCAAGCCCUAAGUCAAGUUCCUCCACCACAACUGGAGAGAAGAUCACAAAAAUGUAUGAGCUGGGAAAUGAACCAGAGCGUAAAAUGUGGGUGGAUCGCUAUCUCAACUUCAUGGAAGAAAGGGGUACCCCUGUAGCCAGUCUACCUGCUGUAGGCAAGAAACCACUAGAUCUUUUUAGGCUUUAUGUCUGCGUUAAAGAGAUUGGAGGUUUAGCCCAGGUUAACAAAAAUAAGAAGUGGCGUGAGCUGGCAACCAACCUUAAUGUUGGCACUUCAAGCAGCGCAGCCAGUUCCCUGAAAAAACAAUAUAUUCAGUACCUGUUUGCUUUUGAAUGCAAGAUUGAACGAGGGGAGGAGCCGCCUCCUGAAGUCUUCAGCACUGGCGAGACCAAGAAACAACCUAAGAUUCAGCCGCCAUCUCCUGCUAACUCGGGUUCCCUUCAAGGUCCACAGACCCCUCAGUCUACUGGUAGCAAUUCCAUGACAGAAGUGCCAGGCGAUCUCAAGCCUCCAACACCAGCAUCUACACCUCAUGGACAGAUGACACCUAUACAAGGCAGCAGGAAUAGUUCCAUUAGUGUACAUGAUCCUUUUUCGGAUGUAAGUGAUUCAGCAUUCCCAAAGCGAAACUCCAUGACCCCAAAUGCACCCUAUCAGCAAGCAAUGAAUAUGCCAGAUAUGAUGGGAAGAAUGCCCUAUGAACCGAACAAGGACCCUUUUGGGGGGAUGAGAAAAGUGCCUGGAAACAGUGAACCCUUUAUGACCCCUGGACAAAUGCCCAACAGUGGAAUGCAGGACAUGUAUAACCAGACUCCCUCUGGAGCAAUGUCCAACAUGGGCAUUGGCCAGCGCCAGCAGUUCCCCUAUGGAAGUGGUUAUGACCGGAGGCAUGAACCGUAUGUACAGCAGUAUCCAGCACAAGCACCUCCUUCAGGACAAGCACCUUAUGGAGGACACCAAGCUGGACUGUAUCAACAACAGCAGAACUACAAACGUCAUAUGGAUGGCAUGUAUGGGCCUCCUGCAAAGCGCCAUGAAGGAGAUAUGUUUAACAUGCAGUAUAGCAACCAACAGCAAGAUAUGUUUAACCAGUAUAGCAGCGCUUACUCUGGACCAGACAGGAGGCCCAUACAAGGACAAUAUCCAUAUCCUUAUAACAGAGAGAGGAUGCAGGGUCCAGGACAAAUGCAACAACAUGGAAUACCUCCUCAAAUGAUUGGUGGCCCUAUGCAGUCAUCAGCCUCCACUGAAGGACCCCAGCAGAACAUGUGGCCCACAAGAAAUGAUAUGCCUUACCCAUAUCAGAAUAGGCAAGGUCCUGGCGGUCCUGCACAGGCCCCACCUUAUCCAGGGAUGAACCGCACUGAAGAUAUGAUGGUACCUGACCAGAGGAUAAACCACGAAAGCCAGUGGCCUUCUCACGUCAACCAGCGCCAGCCUUCUUACAUGUCAUCCUCCACUUCCAUGCAACCAAUCACUCGACCUCAGUCAUCCUACCAGACACCAUCAUCAAUGUCAAACCACAUAUCUCGGGCUCCAAGUCCUGCAUCUUUCCCCCGCUCUUUGGAAAAUCGUAUGUCUCCAAGUAAAUCCCCUUUCCUGCCCUCCAUGAAGAUGCCAAAAGUUAUGCCUACUGUUCCAGUUUCACAGGUCACAGGUCCUCCAACUCAGCCACCACCAAUCAGGCGAGAAAUAACUUUCCCUCCAGGCUCAGUAGAAGCAUCCCAACCAGUCUUGAAACCAAGACGAAAGAUUACCUCAAAAGACAUUGUAACUCCUGAGGCUUGGAGAGUGAUGAUGUCUCUUAAAUCAGGCCUUCUUGCUGAAAGUACUUGGGCUUUAGACACUAUUAAUAUCCUUCUGUAUGAUGACAGUACUGUGGCUACUUUCAACCUUUCUCAGUUAUCUGGCUUUCUUGAACUCUUGGUGGAGUAUUUUAGAAAAUGCCUGAUUGAUAUUUUUGGGAUCCUUAUGGAAUAUGAAGUGGGACAUCCAGGACCAAAACUACUAGAUCAUAAUUCAGCUCAGAAAGAGGAUGGCCAAUCCAUGACACAAGAUGCCAGAAAAGAAGAGGAGAACGAUGAUGAAUGUAUUGCUUAUUUUGAUGAAUUUGAGGAUGAGGAGGAGGAAGAAGAGGAAAAUGAGAAAACUGAAGGAGAAGAAAAAAGCACUGUUCUUGCUCCCCCAGAUGCCAUUGCUGAGCCAACUGAGAGGCCACAACAAGCCAGUAAAUUUGACAAGCUGCCUAUAAAAAUUGUAAAGAAAAACAAUCUUUUUGUUGUUGACAGAUCUGACAGACUUGGGCGUGUUCAGGAAUUUAACAGUGGACUUCUCCACUGGCAGCUUGGUGGGGGUGAUACAACAGAGCACAUUCAGACCCAUUUUGAGAGUAAGAUGGAGAUCCCUCCUCGCAGGAGACCGCCUCCUCCAUCAAGCUAUUUAAGUAAAAAGAAGAAUGGGGAGGGGAAAGGAGAAUCAGAAGAAAUGCAAGACAAAAGCAUAUCAGCCACCAUUGAUGAUGUCUUGUCAGCUCGUCCAGGAGCAUUGUCUGAAGACUCAGACUCUGCUUCUCAGACAGAUAGCGGUAAAUUUCCAUUUGGGAUCCAUCAGGCCAAAAGUCAUCGGAAUAUCAAGCUGCUAGAGGAUGAGCCAAGGAGUCGAGAUGAAACUCCACUAUGCACCAUAACUCAUUGGCAGGACUCUUUGGCCAAGCGAUGCAUCUGUGUGUCAAAUAUUGUCCGCAGCUUAUCUUUUGUGCCUGGCAAUGAUGCCGAAAUGUCAAAACAUCCAGGCUUGGUGCUGAUCUUGGGAAAGUUGAUCCUUCUGCAUCAUGAACACCCAGAAAGAAAGCGUGCACCACAAACAUAUGAAAAAGAGGAAGAGGCGGACAAAGGGGUGGCCUGCAGCAAAGAUGAGUGGUGGUGGGAUUGCCUUGAAGUCUUGAGGGACAAUACUUUGGUCACAUUAGCCAACAUUUCUGGGCAGCUAGACUUAUCUGCUUACACAGAAAGCAUCUGUUUGCCAAUUUUGGAUGGCUUACUGCACUGGAUGGUGUGCCCAUCUGCAGAGGCACAGGAUCCUUUUCCAACUGUGGGGCCCAAUUCAGUCCUAUCGCCUCAAAGACUUGUACUGGAAACCCUGUGUAAACUCAGUAUCCAAGACAAUAAUGUGGACCUUAUCUUGGCCACUCCCCCAUUCAGUCGUCAGGAGAAACUCUAUGCUACUUUAGUUAGGUACGUUGGGGACCGCAAAAAUCCAGUCUGCCGAGAAAUGUCCAUGGCACUCUUAUCAAACCUUGCCCAGGGGGACACAUUAGCAGCAAGGGCAAUAGCCGUGCAGAAGGGAAGCAUCGGAAACUUGAUAAGCUUCCUUGAGGAUGGGGUCACUAUGGCCCAGUACCAGCAGAGCCAACAUAACCUCAUGCACAUGCAACCCCCACCUCUGGAGCCGCCUAGUGUAGACAUGAUGUGCAGGGCAGCCAAGGCUUUGCUGGCCAUGGCUCGGGUGGAGGAAAACCGCUCAGAGUUCCUUUUACAUGAGGGCCGUUUGCUGGAUAUCUCAAUAUCUGCUGUUCUGAACUCUCUGGUUGCAUCUGUCAUCUGUGAUGUACUUUUUCAGAUUGGACAGUUAUGACAUAAGUGAGAAGCCAAGCAUGUGUGAGUGGAGAUUAGAGGGUCACAUAUAACUGGCUGUUUUCCAUACUUGUUUAUCCAGUGUAGGAAGAAGGAAAAAAGAAUAUUUGCUCCU